AUUGUACGGUAGUCCAGUAAUUUUUAUGUUUUUGUUGAAUAUUCACUGUUGUUAAUAUUCUUUUACAGAACAGAGAAGGUACAAUGCAGACCGCAAGACUUUAUAGGAGGGUAAUUUUAUACGUUAGUAAUAGUUAUAUCCCAGAAUGCAUUCGCUUUCAUAGUCAGUUAAUGCACAGGACGUUUGACUCAAACCUCAAAACUUGCAGCCGCAAUUUGCCACUUAUAAACAGUAUGGCACAGAGACACUUCACAAGACGCUCAGAACAUUCAAAUGGAACUUAUGACCCAAAGAAUGACCCUGAGGUAAAGGACCUGAUGAAGGAAAUUAUGGGAGAUUUUGAUCAUAGUAACAUAAGUGAAGAACAAUUUAAUAGUCAAGUAAAGGAUGGUGGCUGUACAGAGACUAAUAUUGAUGCCCAUGACAAAGCAAGUAGCAUAAAUGGUCUUGAUAACGAUGUAGAAGAGGAGAAUUGCAAUGACACCACAGACAAUUCAAGUGAAGACGAAGAUGAGCUAUAUGAAGACGCUGAAGUAGAAUAUGAGAGAGUUUAUGAGAAACAUUCCCCAGUGCCAUUAAAAAGGGGUGAAACUGGAGUAUAUGAUAUAGAAGAUCUUGUUGUAGUUCUCCGUUCCGAAAAUGCUCAUGAUAUCUGUGUGAUAAAGGUUCCAGCUGAAUGCCACUAUGUGGACUACAUGGUUAUUGUGAGUGGUUCUUCUGCAAGACAUAUCAGGGCAAUGGCUGAGUGGGUGAUAUGGGUCUAUAAAAGAAAAAGGAGCCCGAAAGAUCAACAUGUUAUGAUGGCUGGAAAAAACUCCAAGUCCUGGGUUGCAUUGGAUAUGGGAAACAUUGUCUUGCAUAUUAUGAGUGAUGAAGCCAGAGAAUAUUAUGAUUUGGAGACAUUGUGGACUGUUGGAUCCAAUUUCGAUGAAAAAUGUAUAAAAGAAGCAGAUCCAUAUAUUGUUACCAUUGAGAAGCCCUAAAUAUAUAUUAUAAAUGAAGAAAAAACAAAUAGAAACCUCAUUUUCCAAAAUGACUAUUACGUUAAUGAAUAUUUAUGUUAGUUGAAAAUAAAAAAUUAGCUUUGCUGAUUUAUGUUGGCUGUAACAUUUGAUAAAAGAAGGGACACAUUGUUAGGCUUAAAUAUAAGUUGCUACAGUUGUGACUAACACAUUGCAGACUAAUGUACAUUGUAUAAAAAACAGUAAUUGUGGCAGAUGCACCUUCACUGCUGAAGACUUCAAAAGCAGA